CACAGUGUGGCAUCAGCAGUGGCGAGGACACCGACUCCCUGGAACCUGGAGCACAGCUGACUUUAACAGUAAACAUCACAGGUUACUACUGUUCUCGGGAGGCGGGCUUUGAUUUGAUCUGACCACUGGUGCUGUGACUGAAGCGUUGAUCACGAAACACAGUUUUGUAUCAGACUUGACCCUUAACACAACUUUCAACGUCGAUAUCACCCGAUUAGGCGAUGUGACGUUGGUCCUUAUGUGUGACAGAAGUUGGACUCUUACUUGUAACGGUGUUCAGAAGCUUCUAAAAACACUGCCACAGUGCAACAUCAGCACCGACAGGGAUACCAACGUACUGGAACCUGGCACUAAUCUCACUCUGACAGCUGACAUCCAGAACUACUACUGUUCUCAACAUGCUGGAUUUACUCUGACGACUGGACGCAUUACCAACACACUCCUAGAGAAACAGACAAUGAACAAUAUCACUGACGCUGUCCUAGCCCAGCCCUUGAAUGUCACAGCCGAUCACUUUGGAGCCGUCGCUGUUACAUUCCUGUGUGACAACAUCACCAGGCCACUUAUCUGUGCCGGAGUUGACAAGUUGAUUGAUGUAACGACCACCAGUGUCGACACCUCCACUGUACCAACCGAGCAACCGUCCACCUCCAAGAGACCGACGCCCACGCCCAGCAGACCCACUGCUACUGAAGACACAGACACUCCAACUGAUGCUACUCUAGGCCUUGCUAUCGGACUGUCUCUGCUUGCCGUCUUACUUAUAAUUGCUGUCAUCCUCAUUGUCCGCUAUCGGCAUAGAAAAGGCGGAAGGACCACACAAUUACAUAUUUCAAAAGUGACUGAAGACGGUUGAAAUGUUAAAACUAUUACGCAUUUUGAAAUGUUCCAUGUCAGAUAACUGAUUAAGAGAACUUACUCGUGAUUCAGUUUAAAACAAAUAGUUUCCACGUGUUUUAUAUAAGGACGGCUGGGAAGAUAAGGAAUAGUUCAACAUAAGGAAUGUGUGAGUGAUUGAAUAUGUUUUUACGCCACUUUUAGCAAUAUUCCAGCCAUAUCUCACUGCAUCCAUUGUGGGAAUCGAAAUGCACGAAUGAGGCAUUGUAAUUGAGACCAGGAUGUGUUUUGUCAUCAACUAUCCCCGACUACACAGAUGAGCAUGUCAAGUAUGUGUCAGUCAUGUUUGUUUGAUAUUUCCUUUCUUAUUGUAGACAUAUAUGGCAUAAUAGGAGUCAAUGUUUACAACGUCUGAAGCUAAUUGACUGUAUUUUCCUCAUGUGCUUUUUUUAUAACAUAACCAUUAAUAACGUUCAAUUUCAAAUCAA